UGCUACACACCCCUCGCGAUCCGACCACGACAUCACUGACCACUGGCGGGCGGCAAGUUGGAGAAUUCUCACCUACAGUCGCUCAUUUGACACGCUGGAUGAUACGUCCAGAGGAGGGUUCCUGGGGAGCGAACAAGACAGGAUUAACAGGAAAUGGACGGUGAUCCAGCUGUGGAGCCAGUACUCGAUGGCUUCAGUCGCGUGCUCCCACUUCCCUAUCGCGUUGCCCUGAUUAUUGUCCUCGGCGUCUGGGCUUGGGGAGCUAACCUACACUACCUCUCCCUAAUUAAGAUCGAUGUCCCUAGCCUGGUCCGCUACCCUUCGCGGGCCUCUCCUCACCAUCCCCCACACCAUCUCUCCUGCUACCGCAUCGCCACCUUCCUCUCCAUACCCCUCGUGUGCUUCCUGCUCCUGUUUUGGGCCCUCACAAACGGAAGUCCGAAGGACGUUGCGCAGUGGUCGAUACUCCCAAACUUAUAUUUGUUGCUACUAGUCCUUGGUUUCAUUGCCCCCAUCCCAUUCGUGAGCAGAAAUGGAAGGCUCCGCACACUUGCAACCCUGAAGCGCAUUUCAAUAGGCGGGCUGGCUGAAGCACAAGACGGCAAGUUUGGCGACAUUCUCCUCGCCGAUGCCCUUACGAGUUACGCGAAAGUGCUCGGCGAUCUGUUCAUCUCGCUCUGCAUGUUCUUCACGCCUGGCCACUCAUCUACUGGCCCUCCAAAUCGCAAUUGCGGAGGUGGAUUCUGGGUGCCCUUCAUAAUAUCAAUUCCCUCCAUUAUUCGCCUCCGGCAAUGCCUCAUUGAGUACGUUCGUGUACAGAAGGCGAACAAGCGAACAGGCCAGGUUAACCUAAAUACUGGCUGGGGCGGUGUCCAUCUUGCCAACGCCUUGAAAUACUCCUCUGCUUUCCCCGUCAUUGUUCUCUCUGCGAUGCAGCGCUCCCCUCAACCCUCCAAAUACGGAAUGUCGGAAGCGACGCUAUUCCGUCUAUGGCUAGGCGCAGUCUUUCUAAACUCUGCAUAUUCCUUUUACUGGGACGUCGCUCGCGAUUGGGACCUCCACCUGUUCUCAGGCGCAAAUGAAAGGAACGACCCAGAAUAUCCAUGGGGUUUGCGACGACACCGGUGGAUUCACGCGAAGGAAAUUUACUAUACGGCCAUUAUUAUCGAUGCUUUUUUAAGAUGUACCUGGAGUAUCAAGUUGAGCCCGCAUCUCGAUCAUUUCAACGAUCUGGAAGGCGGCAUUUUCAUGAUGGAGCUGUUGGAAGUGUUUAGGCGUUGGAUGUGGAUCUUCUUCCGCGUUGAGUGCGAGUGGGUGAGAAAUCACCGUGGACCAGCCCCUGAUGACAUCCUACUCGGCGAUGUGUCCAACAAGUAUGACGAGGAUGACUAAGAUUUGCUGCGUUUUGUGUGGUUUGUUACGCAUUACGAGCCGCCUUGAUAGCAUAUUUACGGCGUUUUGAAGCGUUUAGUAUUGACUAGUUUUAUCGUCUCCCAUCUCCUUUAUCGAUAUUCUAGUCCAGCUAUUAGCAACCCUUCACUAUUGCCCUCAACGACCGUGCCUCAUACGCGAAGUUAUGCGACACAAGGACGUGCGCAGACGAGGAUGUGAACGGGUUGUGGUCCUCCCCCAAAUUAACCAAACGGUGGAACAAUUUUGCAAUUCAAUGGGUAGAAUAACUGUAAGGAUGGCAAUUCCCCUGAGUCUCGCUCAUUGGAGAUCCUAAUUAUCCAUCCAUUCUGUUCUGCGUAAACCUCAGUCCACAAUGUACAACUUUAGAAAGCAGUCGAUUCCCAAGCCCGACUCUGUAGCCUUGGACAGGAUUGAAACUAAGGCUAGUGCCGAUCAG